CCAGGGCGCCAGUUCCUGCUGUAUGCUAAGGCAGAUGAAGGACAGAUCAUGAUGUUGACCUCUGACCUGAGCAUGGCAGCCAGGCCUGUCCUGUUGGACCAGGGUGUGCGACCGGUGGCUGUGGCUUAUGAUCCUGUGGAACAGAGAGUGUACUGGAGUGAUGUGGCCACUUACAGUAUAAACAGAGUCUUCCUGAAUGGGACAGGCUCAGAGGUGUUCCUGGACAGCACAAAUGGGAUUGCAUCAGUAGAAGGUCUUGCAGUUGACUGGCAGAAUCAACGGCUGUAUUUCUCCAACCUGGGCCUGCACUACACAGGUGUGAGCUGGGGGAGGGUGGAGAUGGUGGGGCUGGACAGGACAGGACACCGACGACUGCUGGAGGAACGUGUACAGAAGCCAAGAUCCAUAGCACUGGACCUGGAGGCCAGACACAUGUACAUCACAGAUUGGGGUGAAGAGCCUAAGAUCUUGAGGGCAGACCUGGAUGGCAGAAAUCCCCAGACUGUUGUGUCAUCAGAGAUGGAGAACCCCAAUGGCCUGGCCAUCGGUGAUGGCAAACUGUACUGGGUCGACUCGCAUGUGAAAAGUGGGGAGAACAGCACAGGAACCAUGGAACAGGCAGAACUGGACGGGAGCAACAGGGCUGUACUGAUGCAGGAUUUACCCUUUCAAAUCCCCUUUGGCCUGGCCAUGCAUGGUGACAGCCUGUACUGGACAGACUGGGGAGAGGAUGGGACAGGUGCUCUGUUCCAGGGAGACAGGGGGACAGGGGACCAUCAUGUGGUGGUGGGAGGACUGGGAGACCCCAUGGCUGUGACUGUCUGUAACAAGUCAUACACCACUCCUGAUGAGCCCAGCCCGUGUGCAGGACAAGACUGUAGCCACAUCUGUGUCCCCACUGCUGGGUCCUACAGAUGUUUAUGCCCUGAUGUUGGAGGUUUGGUGCUUGGAAGUGAUGGCAAAUCUUGUAUUGCACCAGAACAGUUUCUCCUGGUUGCUGACUUGACAGAGAUCCGCAUGGUUUCCAUGGACACCCCUGACAGAUAUCCCUACCCCAUCGUCCAAGUUCACGACCUCUACAGCAACAUCGCGGCUGUGUCCUACGACACAGAGUCCCAGAUGGUGUACUUCAGUGACGUGGGGUGUCGGUCCAUCCUCAGGGCCUUCCUGAAUGGCACAGGGCUGGAGGUGGUGUACAGUGACACAGGUGUGUCGGACGGGAUGACCAUUGAUCCUGUGCACAGGUACCUGUACUGGACGGAUGGGGAGAGGGGAACCAUUGAGAGGAUGGCACUUGAUGGUGGUGAGGAGACUCACGAAGUCCUGCUACAGGGGCUGGAUAGGCCGAGAGCCAUUGUGGUGGUUCCAGCAAAUAACUACAUGUACUGGACUGAGUGGGGUGAGAGUCCAGCUGUGAAGCGGGCAUCCAUGGAGGUGAAUGCCACAGAUGUGCAGAGCCUGGUGGAAGGGGACCUGGUCUGGCCAAAUGGACUUGUCGUCGAUGACGAGGACAGCAGACUCUACAUCGGGGAAGGCAACAAUACCAAGAUAGAAGCAGCACAGUUGGAUGGUUCAGAUCGGAAUGUAAUCUUGGAUGAAAGCAGUGGCCACGUGUACGGGCUGGCUAAGGUUGGGGAUGUCCUACUGUGGAGUGACUGGGCAGAACAAAGUGUUAAGAUGAUGACUCUAGGCAGUGGUGUAGUACAGGUUCUCACAGCUGGGCUCAUCAGGCCAAGUGAACUACAUGUGUGCCAUCACUCCAACUUCACUGACCAACCAUGGCCCAUUGUCUCGACAACACCUGUACAGCUUAUUGCAACCACUGUUGUUACAACUACCCCAAAUCCUACAACAAGUUUUAACUACGCAACCAGUGAGGAACCAAUCACGGUGACCACUGAUGUGCAAACGGCCUCAGGUAUACGUACCACAGAUGUGCCUACCACCACAGAUGUGCCUACAACCACAGAUGUGCCUACCACCACAAUGGUCACAGCCACAGAUGUGCCUACUACCACAGAUGUCCUGACCACCACAGAUGUGCCUACCACCACAGAUGUGCCUACAACCACAGAUGUGCCUACCACCACAAUGGUCACAGCCACAGAUGUGCCUACUACCACAGAUGUCCUGACCACCACAGAUGUGCCUACCACUACAGCAGUACCUAUCACCACAGAGGUACCUACCAUUUCAGAUGUGCCAACCACUACAGAGGUGCCUACUACUACAGAAGAUGUGUCUACCACCACAGAGGUGCCUACCACCACAGAUGUGCCUACCACCACAGAGGUACCUACCACCACAGAGGCGCCUACCACCACAGAGGCGCCUACCACCACAGAGGCGUCUACCACCACAGAUGUGCCUACCACCACAGAUGUGCCUACUACCACAGAUGUGCCUACCACCACAGAGGUACCUACCACCACAGAUGUGCCUACCACCACAGAGGCGUCUACCACCACAGAUGUCCUGACCACCACAGAUGUGCCUACCACCACAGAUGUGUCUACCACCACAAAAAUGGAUACCACUACACAGCCAUUCACAUGUGUGAAAGGAGCAAGCUAUCCCUGUUUUGUGAAAUGUCAAGCCAUCACAUUGGAUCUUCCGUCCACUUCCUCCUCCGUAACAGUAGACUUCAGCCAAUAUGUGGUGGCAAGAGAUGAAAAUGGUGACCUGUUGACUGAUGUCAGUAACAACCUACCAGAUGGUGGGACUUACACAAGUACAACAUUCAAUGCUGAGGACGGUAGCUUGCAGUUUUCAAAUGGCUCCAGCUAUUUCCUAUUUGGCACUUACCUAUUUGUGUCGGAUGGCAAUAUCUGCGGUGUCAACAUACAACUCCAUGAUGUGUCACCACCUGUUGCUACAUCCUGCCCCAAUGAACCAAUUGAUAUCCAAGCUUUACCUGGGUCUGAAUCUUGUGCUGGAGUAGAUGUGAACCUACUCCCAGAACUGAAAAACAAUUGUAGUGCAUUAUGGUUUCAGGACAAUGUGAAAGUUACAAAAUGCAUUGACAAUGUUGAGAGUCUCACUGAAAUCAGCAUUGGUGAUGAAGUGGCCAUCCAGUGGACAGCAGAAGAUGACAGUACUCAUUCAUCAGAGCCAUGCAACACCACAAUUCGCUGUGUGGCUCCAGCAUGUGACCCUCCAACAUAUGCCCCCAGAUGUGGUAUCUUGGCAUGUGUCUGGACAAAGAAUGAAGAUCAAAAGUGUACCUCUUUCUGCAAAGAAGAAUGUAGAAGCAUUGGUCGAAUCUAUCACUUCAGCGAGAGAAUGGGUAAAGCUGACCUGGAAGUACUACAUGAUAAAAGCCAUACAUUCACCUGUGAGCUUGGCCUAUGGAAACCAAACUUCCUCAACAAUAAUAAAUUCCUGAAUAAUUAUUGCUAUUUCAGAGAUCACGCCACUUGGAUAUCGUUUGAUGUGCGUUUCAAAUUCAAGCAAAAAUGUGUGAAACAAACCAUGAACAAGAAACUUAUUAAUGAAAUCAAAGCUGUAUUAAACAAUCUGUGUAAUGAUCACUAUACAUUGUGUAAAUUUGACAUUAUUUGUGGUGACAAUGCUGACACACCAAAUCGAAAACGUCGCAGUAGUGACUUAUCACUAUGGGCCAGUAUAAAGAUAACUGCAGCUGAAGACUAUGACCCAGCAACAACAUUUCAGAAGGUCAACACAACAGUGUACACAACUAUAAGCAUGAUACAGGGGUUAGUGGAGUCUGGUUCUCUGGUCAUACCAAUCAAUGGCACCAACUACACAGCAGACCCCACCUCCUUCACAAUUGACUUUGGCAACUGGGGCUGCCCGGAGGGACAUAUCUUCUAUGCUGGAGCAUGUUGUGAGUACCAGUGUUUGUUUUCUAAAAUGAAAUUGUUCUCUUUCCACAUGUUAGGGAGAGACCCAUGUUUGGAGGGAAGCCACUACAUUGGCAUCGACAGUGAGUGUCCCAGCUGCCCAGAAGGCACAUACCAGAACAAGACUGGACAGAUGACCUGUAAGCCAUGUCCUGAUGGAAAGUCAACCAACGGCACUGGGGCAACCAGUGAGGAUGAAUGUCGAGGACCACAGGACAGCACCUUUCAUCUUCCACCUGAAGUAUUCCUCGCAGUUGGCUUCAUCUGCUGGCUCGCUGUAGUGGCUGGAGUUGUACUAGGUGUGAAUCGCUACUGCAAGAAGAGAAAGUCUGAUAAGGUAACCAAGGUGAAGCCAUUUGUAGACAAGGCUGACAUACAGCAGAUUAUUGGAAGUGAUGAGUUUGGUUUCCCUAAAGACCUAAAGGCAAAAUCGGAUAGGAUUAUCAUUCCAGCACACUGGUCCAAACAGAGAAUAUCAGCAUGGGAUUCCUAUUGCAAGGACCCAAAGGGGUGUCCAAUGGAUGCCAGUUUUGUAAUGUUACCAAGUACAACUAUCCCACCUAAGGGAGAAGUGCGUGACAAGGGCAUACUUCCCCCACAGGUACCCAACAUGAUUGUAGAGUCAGAUUGUUAG